GCCUGCGCAUGCGCGCCCGGCCGGCGGUCACGCCCCCAUAACCGCCGUGUUGGCGUUGCGUUACACGGUUACCCAGGUUCUCCGCCCCUCCUUCUCGCGGCGCUCGAGGGACCAUGGCCGAUCCUCGCGUGAGACAGAUCAAGAUCAAGACCGGCGUUGUGAAGCGGUUAGUCAAAGAAAAAGUGAUGUAUGAAAAAGAAGCAAAACAACAAGAAGAAAAGAUUGAAAAAAUGAGAGCUGAAGAUGGUGAAAAUUAUGACAUUAAAAAGCAGGUGGAGAUCCUACAAGAAUCCCGGAUGAUGAUCCCAGAUUGCCAGCGCAGGUUGGAAGCUGCAUAUUUGGAUCUUCAACAGAUAUUAGAGAAUGAAAAAGACUUGGAAGAAGCUGAGGAAUAUAAAGAAGCACGUUUAGUACUGGAUUCAAUGAAGUUAGAAGCCUGAAACUUUUCUUGUAUGGGGUGGUUUUUACAUUAAAUCCUGGGGUUCAUUUUACAAUUCAUUAUUUUUAACCACUGCUGUGUGUUAAAGUAGUAUGAGAAUGUGAUUGUUUUUCUCUGGUUACAUACAUAUUUCUUUGUCUAAUUCAAUAUGUCAAAUAAAUGAGUGUAUCUAGUAAAAUUGUUUAUUUCAUA